AUGUUCUGGGCCCUGGUCAAAACAGAUGAACAAGAAGUAAUCAACUUCUUAUUGACUACAGAAAUUAUCCCUUUAUGUUUGCGCAUUAUGGAAUCUGGAAGUGAACUUUCCAAAACGGUUGCCACAUUCAUACUUCAGAAGAUUCUCCUGGAUGACACUGGACUGGCCUAUAUAUGUCAGACAUAUGAGCGGUUCUCCCAUGUCGCCAUGAUCUUGGGUAAGAUGGUCCUACAACUGUCCAAGGAACCUUCUGCCCGUCUGCUGAAGCACGUAGUCAGAUGUUACCUUCGCCUUUCAGACAACCCCAGGGCACGUGAAGCACUCAGACAAUGUCUGCCUGACCAGCUGAAAGAUACCACCUUUGCCCAGGUGCUCAAAGAUGACACCACCACCAAGCGCUGGCUCGCACAGCUGGUGAAGAACCUGCAGGAAGGCCAGGUCACUGACCCCCGUGGCAUCCCCCUGCCCCCUCAGUGACCUUCCCUGUUCCCUCCCGCUGCCCCCCAGCCUGGGGAAAGGGAGGGAGAACCAUCGAGGAAAGCAGCUCAGGUUUUACCGCUGACCUCAACGCCAAACCGCACUGGAGAAAAGGGACAAACCCCACUGAGGCAUUCGGGUGCCAUCCUGGACCACCCGGAAGACCUGGCCUCGUUCCACUGCUCCAAGGAAUGGGUUCUCCUCCCAGCACCCCUCCCAGCCUGGGGGGUUGCGACACCAGCAGAUGCAGUAAUACAGCAUGCCCAAGACAACCCCCCCUCCCCUACAUUCUCCUGUUCUCUAACAGGGAGGGGAAACAGGAACAGCAGCUGCACCAUAGGGCAUGGUGGAUGCCUGGGACCAAGCCAUGUGGCAUUUCCCAUUUUUGCCUUCCUGUAAGACUCGAGACAUGUCUCUUCAUUCUCUCUCAGUGGUGUUUUUUUUGUUCUUUUUUCCCUCAAGGAGAGAGGUGUAAAUAGUGAACACAGACUGAGAUGUUCAGCAAAACCUUGUCACUUGGCAUUGUUUACAAGUCUUAGCUACACAAGCUAAAUUUAAAAGCUGGUCCAGGCAUUAAUUACAUCCCCUUUGGCAAGCCAGUCAUAAGCUGCUUUGAGCCAUUUAGAGAUGGGGGAACAGUGGGAGGGGGCGAAAAACUAGGGAAAAGCCAGAGGACAGUAGAAGCCCACCACCAUUAUUGCUCCCUAACCCUAAACUGAGUGCUGCUGCCUGCCCAUCCCCCCUUCCCACUGCUUCCCCCAUUACAAGGAACUUUGCCUCCAGUGAUAGGCCUUGUUUCUGGCUUUAGCUGCUGCCUCUCCUCACAUCCCUCUCUGUUCCCCUCCUUUAAGAGAUUGUCCUAUAAGUGAAGGGUGUGGAGACACUCCUGGCCCAUGUUCUCAAGGUUUUCCUGGAAUUUUCCCAUGGAAAGAGGGUGAGGAUGGAGAUGGAGGGGCCAGUCCCAGAACCCCAACCUUGGCUCUAGGGUCCAUUUCUGUAGCUCCUGUUGCCUCACCAUUCUACUUGAAUCAGUAUUAGCUAGCUGAGUCAGCUUUAUACAUAUAUCAAGGGCAGGGCCCCAUGUGCUUGAUUCUUUGUCCCCCUUGGCAUAUUCCCUUUUUGUCUGGGAAUUACAGGGUUGCCAUUAAAAGAUUAUUUUCCUAUUCAUACAGUGGAAAAAACAAAAAACAAAACAAAACAAAACAAAAAAAAAAACCCUUUCCCUCUCUGCCUCUUGUGCCCAGGUGGCCAUGCUUCCACUUUGGUGGUAAGUUUGAAGCCUAAUGUCCAGACAGGUGAAGGGCCCCCUCCGUUUUUCUGUCCAACAUAGGGUUGAUAAUAUUCUCAACCCUAAAGAGGGAGGGACUACAGUUCUUUUUCCCAUUUGAGAUAGCUUAAAGUAUCCAAACAGGUUUUGGGGGGGUGGAAGAAUCACAAGGGCCAGGCUCACAAAGUGUUUCAGAGGCAAUUUUGCCAACCUAAGGGCUCUUUAAGGCCGACUUUCACAAAGGGAGCCGGCCUCAUUGGUUGGCCUCUGCCUCUUCAGAACCAAGAUGGCUACCACUGUCAGUUUUGUAGGUUGGUUAGACAUUAUGCUGGAUCCAAGACUGGAUUCUGUAUUCUCACCAAUGAAGCUCCCUUCCAGAAGGGAGAGAAAGAAGCCUGCUGUGUAUAAUCCAAGCCCAAGGAAAAAAAAUGAUUGGAGAAAGCCAAAGGCAUCAUGUGCUCCAUGAACUGCCUGACUCCAUUUGGCCUGUCAUCUACAAAGAGAGGAGGCCCAUGAGGGGAACCCUGAUCCCUGCCAACUUUACUCUUGCUGAGCCAAAGGUUUUCCACUCCCCCUCUGCUGGGGAAGCAAUUGAAGCCCAGGGCUUCCUUCCUGGGAAAUUGUCUUCUCUCCUGUCUUUUGGUGCAUUGGCCAUGUUACUGUGCCAAUAGUGUCUUAACUCUUGCCCCAUUUUCCCUCCCCAACCAGCCUUGGACCCCAUAUAGGAGGCAGGGAAAAGAUGGGUAUUAUUCCUUGCAAGUUGGUUUUGAUUUCAUGUAUGUAAAGAAUAUCCCAUUUUGUGUUGUUUUUUUUUUCAUCCCAAUAGGAUUGAAAUAAACCAUGCUUCUGUUUUGUAAUAA